GAUCUUCAAUAAAGUUAAAAAAUGUAAAGGGAUGUUAGACCCCAAAAGAUUGAGAAUUUCUAGUUUAGAAAUAUUCAGAGUAAGCCACAUACAACUUGCUACUUGAACUAUUUUUUUUCUUUGUUUUUUAUUUUAGGAGAUGGGGUCUCACCCUGUCACCCAGGCUUGAGUACAGUAGUGCUAUCACAGCUCACUGCAGCCUUGAACUCCUGGGCUAAGGAUCCUCCUACCUGAGCCUCCUGAGUAGCUGGGACUGUAGGGUCUCCCUCUCUUUUCCAAGGCUGGAGUGUAGUAGUGCUAUCACAGCUGACUGCAGCCUCAACCUUCCAGGCUGAAGCGAUCCUCCCAUCUCAACCUCCCACGUGGCUGAGACUAUAGGUGCUUGCCACUAUGCCCAACUAAUAUUUGGAAUUUUCCUAUACGUGGAUUCCAGAGGGGUGACAGCGAAACGUGGGACCAUCCAGUUGCAGGAAAACAAGCUUAACGCGCCCACUGAUUCUACAUUAUGCUCCUACCUCCUGGCAGCCUCUCCAGGCCCAGAACUUUCUCCAGUCAGCCUCCACAGACCAAGCUCAUGACUCACAAUGGCCUAUUUAGGCCCAUACCCUACGUCACGGUAGUCUCCACAGAUGAGGCUACUGCCUCACAACAGCCUCCACAGGCACAGCUCCACCGUUACAAUGGCCUCUUUAGACCCAGCUCCUGCCUUCCAGCCUUCUCUCCAGGCCCUGAACUUUCUCAAGUCGACCUCACCAGGCCCAGCUCAUGCUUCUUGGCAGACUCUCCAGGCCCAGUUCCUGCAUCUUGGCAGCCUCUCCAGGCCCAGCCUCUGCCUCCCGUCAGCCUCUACAGUCCCAACAUCUGCCUCACAGCAGAUUCUUCAGGCCCAGCAUCUGCCUCACUGUGGACCCCCCAAGCCAAGCUCCCAACCUUUCAGCAGCUUCUACACACCCAGCUCCUGCCACCCAGUGGCCUUUUUAGGCCAAGCUCAUGCCUCACAAGGGCCUUUCCAGGCCCAACUUUUGUCUCAUGGCAACCUUCCCUGGCCAGAUUCCUGCCUGUCUCCCAGCAGCCUAGACAGGCCCAGUCUUGCCUCACACUGGCCUCUACAUCCAGCUCUUGACUCAUGGUGGCCUCUCCAGGCCCAGCUCCUGUCCCAGGACGUCAUCUCCAGGCCCAAAACUUCCUCAAGUCAGCCUCUCUAGUCCCAACUGCUGCCUCCUGGUGGCCUAUGAAGGCCCAAAAUCUCCUCAAGUUGACCUCUCCAGGCCCAGCUCCUGCCUCCUGUCAGCAUCUACAGGCCCAACCUCUGCCUCAUGGGGGCUUCUCCAGGCCUAGCUCUUCCUCUGGGCUGAGUCUAUAGGCACAACUGCUGCCUCACAACAGCCUUUAUUGGCCCAGUUCCUGUCCAGCUCACAGCGGCCAAUGUAGGCCCAAAACUUCCUCAAGUCAAACUCUCCAGGCCCGCCUUCUGCUUCCCGGUGGCAUGAACAGGCCCAGCUUUGACUUGAGAACAGCCUCUACAGGCCCUGCUCUUGCCUCCCAGGGGCUUCUCCAGGCCCAGCUCUUGUCUCAUGGUGGCUGCCCCAGGCCAAGUUUCUGCCUGCCUGCCAGUAGCCUCAACAGGCACAGCUCCUCCCUCACAGUGGCCCAUUUAGGCCCAACUCAUGACUGUCGGGCCAUUUCCAGGCCUAGUGCCUGCCUCCUGGCUGACUCUUGAAGCCCAAAACUUCCUCAAAUCAGCCUUUUGCCCAACUUCUGUCUACUGUCAGACUCUACAGGCCAGCCUCUGCCUCACAGUGGACCCUCCAGACCCAGAUGGUGUCUCACUGUGGCAUCCUCAGGCGAAGCUCCUGCCUUUCGGCAGCUUCUAUGGGCCCAGCUCCUGCCUUGCAAUGGCCUCUUUAGGCCAAGCUCAUGCCCCAUGGCGACUUUUCCAGGCACAGCUUUUGCCUUUUGCAGCCUGUCCAGGCCCAGAAUGUCCUUAACUCGGCAUCUCCAGGACGAGCUUAUCCUCCCAGUGCGUCUACAGGCCCGUCUCCUGCCUCACAACAACCUCCUUUGGCCCAACUCCUGCUGAGCUACUUGGCAGCCUCUGUAGGCCACAGAGUUCUUAAAGUAAAGCUUUCCAGGCCCACCUUCGGCCUCCCGGCAGCCUCGGCAAUCAAACUAUUCCCUCACUGCGGCCACCGAAAGCCAAGUUUCUCCCUGCCUCACGGCAUCCUCCGAAAACUGAGCAUUUGCCUCACGGUGGCCUCCCCAGGCCACGAAUCUGCCUGCCUCCCAGGCAGCUGCUGCCUCACAAUGGUCUCUUUAGGCCCAGCUCAUGCUAGAAGACGGACUCUUCAGGCAUGCUCUUGCCUCCUGGCAGGCUCUGCAGGCCCAAAUUCUCCAAAAGUUGGCCUCUCCUAACUCAGCUCCUGCCUCAUGUCGGCCUACACAGGCCCAGACUCUUACCACACAGUAGACCCUCCAGGCCCACCACUUGCCUGAGCAUAGCCUCCUAAGGCCAAGCUCCUGCCUUUUGGCAGCUUCUACAGGCCCAGCUCCUGCCUCGCAAUUGCCUUUGUAGGCCAAGAUCAUGCCGCGAAGUGGCCUUUCGUAGCCUAACUUUUGCUUUUUGACGCAUACUCCAGUCCCAAAACUUCCCUCCAGUCAGCCGGUCCAGGCCAAGCUCUUCCUCCCAAAGGCUUCUGCAGGCCAAAAUCGUCCUGAAGUCACCCUCUGCAGGCCCAGCUCCUGCCUCCAAGUGCUGUGUAGGCCAAGCUAAUGCCUCACAGCACACUUUCCAGGCUGAGCGUUUCCUUUUGUGCAUCUUCUCCAAGCCCUGAACUUACUCCAGUUGGCCUCUCCAGACCAAGCUCUCCCUCCCAGUGGCCUCUACAGGCCAAAACUGUCCUCAAGUCAGCCUCUCCAGGGCCAACUCCUAGCUACCAGUGGCUUCUGCAGGCCAAAAUCGACCUCAAGUCAGCCUCUUCACACCCAGCUCUUGUCUCUAAGUGGCCUCUCCAGGAGCAAAACUUCCUCAAGUCGGCCUCUCCAGGCCCAGCCUCCUGCUUCCCGAGGGCAUGUACAGGCCCAGCGUCUGCCUCACAGCAGACUCUCCACGCCCAGCUCUUCCCUGUCUGCUGCCUCUCCAGUCCAAAGCUGCUCCUGCCUUUCGGCAACUUGUACAGGCCCAGCUCCUCCCUCACGGUGGCCUCUUUUCGCCCAACUCAUGCCUCUUGCAACCUGCCCAAGUGUCAGCUCCUGCCUCACACUGGCCUGUUGAGGCCCAGCCCAUGCCUCUCGUGGCCUCAACGGGCCCAGCCCCUGCCUGUCGGCGGCCUCUACAGGCCCGGCCUCUACCUCACAGUGGGCUCUCCAGGCCCACCUCUUUCUCACCGUGGCCUCCUGGGGCAAUGCUCCCCGCUCUCGGGAGCCUCUGCGGGCCCAGCUCCUGCCUCCCAGUGGCCUCUGUAGGCCAAGCCUGUGCCUCAGGGCAGCCUUUCCAGGCCUAGCGUUUGCUGCUUUGCAUCCUCUCCAGGCUCUGGACUUCCUCCAGUCGGCCUCUCCAGGCCCAGCUCUUCCUCCCGGCGGCCUCUGCAGGCCCAGACUGUCGUCAAGUCGGCCUGUCCAGGACCAGCUCCUGCCUCCCGGCGCCCUCUGCAGGCCCAAGUCGUCCUCAAGUCGGCCUCCCCAGGCCCAGCUCCGGCCUCUCUCAGCGGCCGCUCCGGGUGCAAAAGUUCCUCGAGUCAGCCUCUCCAGGCCCAGCUCCUCCUGCCUCCCAGUGGCCUCUUUCAGCCCAGCCCAGCUCAUGCCUCCCGGCGGCCUUCCCGGCCUCCUGCCUCCCGAAGGCCUGCACAGGCCCACCCUCGGCCUCACAGCAGACUCUCCACGCCCAGCUAGCUCUCGCCUCACUGUGGCCUCCCGAGUCCAAAACUCCUGCCUCUCGGCCACUUCGGCAGGCCCAGCUCCCACCUGCCAGUGGCCUCUUCAGGCCCAUGGGGCUCAUUCCUCACAACGGCCUUUCCAGGCCCAGUUUUUCCCUUCCGGCGGCCUUUCCGGGCCCAGAACCUCCUCAAGUCGGCCUCUCCAGACCCACUUGCAGCCUCCUGGCGUCCUCUCCGGGCCCAGCUCUUCCUCCCGGCUGCGUCUCCAGGCCCGACUGCUGCCUCCCAACAACCUCUUUGGACUCAGCGCCUGCCCAUCUCCUGGCGGCCUUGGUCGGCCCAGAGCUUCCUCAAGCCCAGCUCCCCAGGCCCAGGUCAGGCCUCACGGUGGCCUCUCCAGGAUCAGCUCCUGCCCUCCGACAGCGUCUCCAGACCCGAAAUGGUCUCUGGUCGGUGGGCUCCUCCACGCCCAGCUUGGGCCUCCCGGCGACCUCUGCAGGCCCAAGUCGUCCUGAAGUCGGCGUCUCCCGGCCCUGCCUCCCAGCAAGUAAGCAAGCUCUUUUGGCUGAACUCCUGCCCAGCUCCCAGCCGCCUUUGUAGGCCCCGAACUUUCUCAAGCCAAGCUCUUCAGGCCCACCUACUGCCUCUCGGUGGCCUGUACAGGCCCAGCCCUGGCUGUAGAACAGCCUCUGCAGGCCCCACUCUUGCCUCCCAGGGGCCUCUCCAGGCCCAGCUCUCGAAGCCAUGGCAGCCUCCCGGGGCCAAGUCCCUGCCUGCCUCCCGGCAGCCUGCAUGCGGCCCAGUUCCUCCCUCACGGUGGCCUGUUGAUGCCCAACUCAUGCCGCUGGCACCCUGCCCAGAGGCGUGAGUCCCUGCCUCACACUGGCCCCUCCCACGCUGACCCCUUGGCUCACACCGGCCCCUCCCACGCAGAGAGGUCAGCGUGACCCCUUGCCUCACACCGGCCCCUCCCAGGCUGAGAGGUUGGCGUGAGCCCUUUGCCUCACACCGACCCCUCCCACGCAGAGAGAGGUCAGCGUGAGCCCCUUGCCUCACACUGGCCCCUCCCACGCUGACCCCUUGGCUCACACCGGCCCCUCCCACGCAGAGAGGUCAGCGUGACCCCUUGCCUCACACCGGCCCCUCCCAGGCUGAGAGGUUGGCGUGAGCCCCUUGCCUCACACCGACCCCUCCCACGCAGAGAGAGGUCAGCGUGAGCCCCUUGCCUCACACUCGCCCCUCCCACGCUGACCUCUUGGCUCACACCGGCCCCUCCCAUGCAGAGAGAGGUCAGCGUGACCCCUUGCCUCACACCGGCCCCUCCCAUGCUGAGAGGUCGGCGUGAGCCCCUUGCCUCACACCGGCCCCUCCCACGCUGAGAGAGGUCCGCAUGAGCCCCUUGCCUCACACUGGCCCCUCCCAUGCUGAGGUUGGUGUGAGCCCCUUGCCUCACACUGGCCCCUCCCACGCUGACCCCUUGCCUCACACCGGACCCUCCCAGGCAGAGAGAGGUCAGCGUGAGCCCCUUGCCUCACACCGGCCCCUCCCACACCGAGAGAGGUCAGCGUGAGCCCUUGCCUCACACUGGUCCCUCCCACGCUGAGAGAGGUCAGCGUGAGCCCUUGCCUCACACCGGCCCCUCCCAUGAUGAGAGGUCGGUGUGAGCCCCUUGCCUCACACCAGCCCCUCCCAUGCUGAGAGAGGUCCGCAUGAGCUGCUUGCCUCACACUGGCCCCUUCCACCCUGACCCCUUGCCUCCCACCGGCCCCUUCCACCCUGACCCCUUGCCUCCCACCGGCCCCUCCCACGCAGAGAGAGGUCAGCGUGAGCCCCUUGCCUCACACCGGCCCCUCCCACGCGGAGAGAGGUCAGCGUGAGCCCCUUGCCUCACACUGGCUCCUCCCACGCCGAGAGGUCAGCGUGAGCCCUUGCCUCACACUGGCCCCUCCCACGCUGAGAGAGGUCGGCAUGAGCCCCUUGCCUCACACCGGCCCCUCCCAUGCUGAGAGGGGCCCACAUGAGCCCCUUGCCUGACACUGGCCCCUCCCACCCUGACAGAGGUCGGUGUGAGCUCCUUGCCUCACACUGGCCCCUCCCAUGCUGACCCCUUGCCUCACACUGGCCCCUCCCAUGCUGAGAGGUCGGCGUGAGCCCCUUGCCUCACACCGGCCCCUCCCACGCUGAGAGAGGUCCGCAUGAGCCCCUUGCCUCACACUGGCCCCUCCCACCCUGACAGAGAUCGGUGUGAGCCCCUUGCCUCACACUGGUCCCUCCCACGCUGACCCCUUGCCUCACACCGGACCCUCCCAGGCAGAGAGAGGUCAGCGUGAGCCCCUUGCCUCACACCGGCCCCUCCCACGCCGAGAGAGGUCAGCGUGAGCCCCUUGCCUCUCACUGGCCCCUCCCAUGCCGAGAGAGGUCAUCAUCAAAAGGAAUUAAAUAGAAUCAUCGAAUGAAAUUGAAUGGAGUAAUCAUCGAAUGGAAACGAAUGGAAUCAUCAUCGAAUGGAAUCGAAUGGAAUCAUCAUUGAAUGGAAUCGAAUGGACUCUUCAACAAGUGGAAUCACAUGGAAUCCUCGAAUGGAAUCUAAUGGAAUCAUCAGCACAUGGAACCGAAUGGAAUCAUCAUGGAGUGGAAUCGAAUGGAAUCAUCAUCAAAUGGAAUCCAAAGGGAUCACUGAAUUGAAUGGAAUGAUCAUCGAAUGGAAUCGAAGGGCAUCAUCGAAUGGGAUGGAAUGGAAUCAUUGAAUGGAAUCAAAUGGAAUCAUCAAAAGGAUUCGAAUGGAAUCAUCAUCGAAUGGAAUCAAAUGGAAUCAUCGAAUGGAUUCAAAUGGAAUCACCAUCGAAUGGAAUCGAAUGGAAACCGAAUGGACACGAAUGGAAUCAUCAUUGAAUGGAAUCGAAUGGUAUCAUUGAAUGGACUCGAAUGGAAACAUCAUGCUAUGGAAUCAGAUGGAACCAUCGAUUGGCAUCGAAUUGAAUCAUCAGUGAAUGGAAUCUAAGGGAAUAAUCGAAUGGGACCGAAUGGAAUCAUCGAAUGGUCUCGAGUGGAAUCAUCAUCGAAUGGAAUCGGAUGGAAUCAUGGAAUGGAAACAAAUGGAAUCAUCUUCGAAUGGAAUCGAAUGGAAUCAUCGAAUGGACUCGAAUGGAAUCAUCAUCAAAUGGAAUUGAAAGGAAUCAUUGAAUGGAAUCGAAUGAAAUCAUCAUUGAAUGGAAUGGAAUCAUCGAAUGGAUACGAAUGGAGUCAUCACUGAAUGGAAUCGAAUGGAAUCUUCGAAAGGACUCGAUUGAAAUCAUCAUUGAAUGCAGUCAAAUGGAAUCAUCAUUGAAUGGAAUCAAAUGGAAUCAUCAUCAAAUGGAAUGGAAUGGAAUCAUCCAAUGGAGUAGAAUUGAAUCAUCAUUGAAUGGAAUCAAAUAGAAUCAUUGAAUGAAAUCGAAUGGAAUCAUCAUCGAAUGGCCUCGAAUGGAACCAUCAUCAAAUGAAAUUGGAUGGAAUCAAUGAAGGGACCCGAAUGGAAUCAUCAAAUGAACUUGAAUGGAAUCAUCAUUGAAUGGAAUCGAAUGAAAUCAUCGAAUGGACUCGAAUGGAAUCAUCAUUUAAUGGAAUCGAAUGGGAUCAUCAUGAAAUGGAAUCGAAUGGCAUCAUCAUCAAAAUACAAUGGAUUCACUGAAAGGACUCGAAUGUAAUGAUCAAAUGAACUCAAAUGGAAUCAUCAAAUGGAAUCGAAUGGAAUCAUUGGACUCAAAUGGAAUUAUCGAAUGGACUCGAAUGGAGUCAUCGAAUGGACUCUAAUGGAAUCAUCAUAAAAAGGAAUCUUAUGGAAUCAUCAAAUGGACUUGAAUGUAAUCAUUGAAUGGACUUGAAUGAAGUCAUAGAAUGGACUCGAAUGGAAUCGAAUGGAAUGCUCGAAUAGAAUCAGAUGGGAUAAUCAAAUGGAAUCAAAAGGAAUAAUCAUCGAAUGGAAUCAAAUGGAAUCAUAGAAUGGAAUCAAAGGCAGUCAUUAAAUGGAAUCAAAUGGAAUCAUAGAAUGGAAUCGAAUGGAAUCGUCAAGUGGAAUCGAGUGGAAUCAUUGAAUGGAAUCGAAUGGAAUCAUUGUCAAAAGGAAUGGAAUGGAAUCAAUGAAUGGAAAUGAAUGGAAUCACCAAUGAAUGGAAUCGAAUGGAAUCAUCUUUGAAUGGAAUCGAAUGGAAUCAUCGAAUGGACUCGAAUAGUAUCAUCAUCAAAUGGAAUCAGUUGGAGUCAUCUAAUGGGCACGAAUAGAAUCAUCCUCAAAUGGAAUUGAAUGGAAUCAUCUAAAGUACUCGAAUGGAAUCAUCAUUGAAUGGAAUAGAAUGGAAUCAUCAAAUGGAAUUGGACAGAAUCAUCAUCGUAUGGAAUCAAGUGGAAUCAUCGAAUGGACUCAAAUGUAAUCAUCAGAGAAUGGAAUCAAAUAGAAUCAUCAAAUCGACUUGAAUGGAAUCAUCAUCAAAUGAAAUAGAAGGGAAUCAUUGAAUGGACUCAAAAGGAAUCAUCAUCGAAUAUAAUCAAAAGCAAUUAUCAAAUGGAUUUGAAUAGAAUCAUCAAAUGGACUCGAAUGGAAUCAUUGAAUGGCAUCAAAUGGAAUCAUCGAAUGGACUCGAAUGAGAUCAUCACUGAAUGGAAUCAAAUGGAAUCAUCGAAUGGAAUCGAAUGGAAACAUCAUCGAAUGGAAUCAAAUGGAAUCAUUGAAUGGGCUCAAAUGAAAUCAUUAUCGAAUGGAAUCAAAUGGAAUCAUCGAAUGGAAUUGAAUGGAAUCGUCAUUGAAUGGAAUCGAAUGGAAUCAUUGAAUGGAGUCAAAUGGAAUCAUCGUCGAAUAUAAUCAAAAGCAAUUAUCAAAUGGAUUUGAGUAGAAUCAUCAAAUGGACUCGAAUGGAAUCAUCAUUGAAUGGCAUCAGAUGGAAUCAUCGAAUGGACUCGAAUGAAAUCAUCAUUGAAUGGAAUCAAAUGGAAUCAUCGAAUGGAAUCGAAUGGAAACAUCAUCGAAUGGAAUCAAAUGGAACCACUGAAUGGACUCAAAUGAAAUCAUUAUUGAAUGGAAUCAAAUGGAAUCAUCAAAUGGAAUUGAAUGGAAUCGUCAUUGAAUGGAAUUGAAUGGAAUCACUGUAUGGACUCAAAUGGAAUCCUCAUCUAAUGGAAUUGAUAGGAAUCAUCUAAUGGACCCGAAAAGAAUCAUCUAAUGGACUCAAAAGGAAUCAUCAUCAAAUGAAAUUGAAUAGAAUCACCAAAUAGAGAUGAAAGGAAUCAUCACCAAAUAGAAAUGAAUGGAAUCAUUGAAUGGACUCAAAAGGAAUAUCGUUGAAUGGAAUCAAAAGCCAUCAUUGAAUGGACUGAAAUGGAAUUAUCGAAUGGACUCGAAUGGAAUCACUGAAUGGACUUGAAUGGAAUCAUCAUUGAGGGGACUCAGAUUGAAUGAUCGAAUGGACUCGAAUGGAAUCAUAGAUUGGACUCAAAUGGAAUUAUCGAAUGGGCUCGAAUGGAAUCAUCAAAUAGACUCGAAUGGAAUAAUUAUGGAAUGGAAUGAAAUGGAAUAAUCAAAUGGAAUUGAAUGGAAUCAUCGAAUGGAAUCGAUCGGAAUCUUCAUCGAAUGUAAUAAGAUGGAAUCAUCGAAUGGAAUCGAAUGCAGUCAUCAUCGAAUGGACUCGAAUGGUGUCAUCAUCGAAUAGAAUCGAAUGGAAUCAUCAAAUGGAUUUGAAUGGAAUCAUCAUCGAAUGGAAUCUAAUGGAAUAAUAGAAUGAACUGGAAUGGAAUCAUCGAAUGGAGUUGAAUGGAAUCAUCAAAUGAAAUCGAAUGGAAUCAUAGAAUAACAUCGAAUGGAAUCAUCAUCGAAUGGAGUCAAAUGGAAUCAACGAAUGGAUUCGAAUGGAAUCAUCAUCGAAUGAAAUCGAACAGAAUCAUAGAAUAGCAUCAAAUGGAAUCAUUGUCGAAUGGAGUCGAAUGGAAUCAUCGAAUGGAUUCAAAUGGAAUCGUCAUGGAAUGUAAUCGAAUGGAAUCUUCGAAUGGACCCAAGUGGAAUCAUCAUCAAAUGCAAUCGAAUGGAAUCAUCAUCGAAUGGAAUCGAAUGGAAUUGUCAUCGAAUGGAAAUGAAUGUAAUCAUCAUUGAAUGGAAUCAAAUGGAAUCGUCAUCGAAUGGAAUCGAAUGGAAUCAUAGAAUUGAAUAGAAUGGAAUAAUCAUCAAAUGGAAUCGAAUAGAAUCAUUGAAUGAAAUCGAAUGGAAUCAUCAUCGAGUGGAGUCGAAUGGAAUCAUCAACGAAUGGAAUUGAAUGGAAUCAUAGAAUGGAAUCCAAUGUAAUCAUCAUCGAAUUGAACCCAAUGGAAUCAUUAAAUGGACGUGAAUGGAAUCAUCGAAUGGACUCGAAUGGAAUCAUCAUCGAUUGGGAUAGAAUGGAAUCAUGGAAUGCAAUCGAAUGGAAUCAUCAUCGAAUGAAAUCAAAUGGAAGUAUCGAAUGGAAUCAUCAUCGAAUGGAAUUGAAUGGAAUCAUCGAAUGGACUCAAAUGGAAUCAUCAUCGAAUGGAAUUGAAAGGAAUCAUCAAAUGGACUUGAAUGGAAUCAUAGAAUGGACUCGAAUGGAAUCAUCAUUGAAUGCAAUCGAAUAGAAUCAUUGAAUGGCAUCGCAUGGAAUCAUCAAAUGGAAUCGAAUGGAAUCAUCGAAUGGACUUGAAUGUAAUCACCAUUGAAUGGAAUCGAAUGGAAUCAUCAUCGAAUGAAAUCAAAUGGAAUCAUCGAAUGGACUCGAAUGCAAUCAUCAUUGAAUGGAAUCAAAUGCAAGCAUUGAAUGGACUCGAAUGGAAUCAUCAUUGAAUGAAAUUGAAAGGAAUCAUAGAACGGAAUCGAAUGGAAUCCUCGAAUGGUAUCGAAUGGUAUCAUCAUCGAAUCAACGAAUGGAUUCGAAUGGAAUCAUCAUCAAAUGAAAUUAAAGGGAAUCAUUGAAUGGCAUCGAAAUGAAGCAUCAUCCAAUGGAAUCAAAUGGAAUCAUCUAACGGACUUGUUUGGAAUCAUCAUCAAAUAGAAUUGAGUGGAAUCAUCAAAUGGACACAAAUGGAAUCGUCAUCGAAUGGAAUCAAAUGGAAUCAUCAUCAAAUGGAGUCAAAUAGAAUCAUCAUAGAAUUGAAUGGAAUGGAAUCAUCUAAUGGAAUAGAAUGGAAUCAUCAUCGAAUGGAAUCAAAUAGAAUCAUCAUAUGAAAUCAAAUGGAAUCAUCAUUGAAUGGAAUAGAAUGGAAUCAUGAUCGAAUGGAAUCAUCAUCAAAUGGAAUCGAAUGCAAUCAUCAACAAAUGGAAUUGCAUGGAAUCAUUGGAAUCUAAUGGAAUCAUCAUCACAUGAAACUGAAUGGAACCAUCAUUGAGUGGAAUCUAAUGGAAUCAUCAUCAAAUGGAAUCCAAUGGGAUCACUGAAUAGAAUGGAGUGAUCAUCGAAUGGACUCAAAGGGAAUCAUCAAAUGGGAUUGAAAGGAAUCAUCGAAUGGAAUCGAAUGGAAUCAUCGAAUGGAUUCGAAUGGAAUCAUCGAAUGGAAUCAUUGAAUGGACUCAAGUGGAAUCAUCAUUGAAUGGAAUCAAAUGGAAUCAUUGAAUGGACACGAAUGGAAUCAUCAUUGAAUGGAAUCCAAUGGAAUCAUUGAAUGGACUCAAAUGGAAAUAUCAUCAAAUGGAACCAAAUGGAAUCAUUGAAUGGCAUCGAAUAGAAUCAUCAAUGAAUGGUACCUAAGGGAUUAUUCAAAUGGACUCGAAUGGAAUCUUCUAAUGUACUCGAAUGGAAUUAUCAUCGAAUGGAAUCAUCGAAUGGACUCGAAUGGAGUCAUUUUCAAAUGGAAUCUAAUGGAAUCAGAGAAUGGACUCGAAUGGAUCAUCAAUGAAUGGAAUCGAAUGGAAUCAUCGAAAGGCAUUGAAUGGAAUCAUCAUGGAAUGGAAUGGAAUGGAAUCAUUGAAUGGACUCGAAAGGAGUCAUGAUCAAUUGGAAUCGAAUGGAAUCUUCGAAUGGACUCAAUUAAAAUCAUCAUCGAAUGCAAGUGAGUGGAAUCAUCAUCAAAUGGAAUCCAAUGGAAUCAUCAUCGAAUGUAAUCGAAUGGAAUCAUCAUCGAAUGUAAUCAUAUGGAAUCAUCAUCGAAUGGAACCGAAUGGAAUAACCAUCGAAUGGAAUCGAAUGGGAUCAUCAUCGAAUGGAAUAGAAUGGAAUCAUCCAAUGGAAUAGAAUGGAAUAAUCAUCGAAUGGGAUCAAAUGUAAUCAUCGAAUGAAAUUGAAUGGAAUCAUCAUCGAAUGGAAUACAAUGGAAUCAUCAUCAAAUGGAAUCGAAUGGAUUCAUCAUCCAAUGUAAUUUAAUGAACUCAUCAUCGGAUGGAAUCAAAUGGAAUCAUCAUCGAAUGGAAUCAAAUGGAAUCAUCCAAUGUAAUAGAAUUGAAUCUUCAUCGACUGGAAUCAAAUACAAUUAUUGAAUGAAAUCGAAUGGAAUCAUCAACAAAAGGAAUUGAAUGGAAUCAUAGAAUGGAAUCCAAUGUAAUCAUCAUCGUAUUGAACUCAAUGGAAUCAUUAAAUGGACACGAAUGGAAUCAUUGAAUGGACGCAAAUGGAAUCAUCAUGAAAUGGAAUCAAAUGGAAUCAUUCAAUGGAAUCGAAUGGAAUCAUCAUUGAAUGAAAUCAAAUGGGAUCAUCAAAUGGAAUCAUCAUCGAAUGGAAUCGAAUUGGAAUCAUCGAAUGGACUCGAAUGGAAUCAUCAUUGAAUGGACUCAAAAAGAAUUAUCAAAUGGACUCGAAUGGAAUCAUCAUCAAAUGGACUCAAAUGGAAAGAUCAAAAGGACUCGAAUCAUGGAUUGGACUCAAAUGGAAUUAUCAAAUGGGCUCGAAUGGAAUCAUCGAAUGGACUCAAAUGGCAUUAUCGAAUGGAAUCAAAUGGUAUUGAAUUGAAUCGAAUGGAAUCAUCAAACAUGAUUGCAAUCAUCUUCGAUUGGAAUAAAAUGUAAUCAAAUGGAAUCAAAUGCAGUCAUCAUCAAAUGGAAUCGAAUGGAAUCAUCAUCGAAUAGAAUUGAAUGGAAUCAUCGAAUGGAAUCGAAUGGAAUAAUCGAAUGGAAUUGAAUGGAAUCAGCAUUGAACAAUAUCGAAUGGAAUCAUAAUCGAAUAGAAUCAAAUGGAAUCAUUGGAAUCAUCAUCAAAUGGAGUCAAAUGGAAUCAUCAAAUGGACUCAAAUGGAAUCAUCAUAGAAUGGAAUUGAAUGGGAUCAUCGAGUGAAAUCGAAUGGAUUCAUCACUGAAUGGGAUCGAAUGGUAUCAUGGAAUGCAUUCAAAUGGAAUCAUCAACGAAUGGUAUCCAAUGGUAUCUUUGAAUGCAGUCGAAUGGAAUCAUCUUCAAUUGGAAUCAAAAGGAAUCACCGAAAGGACUCGAAUGGAAUAAUCAUCAAAAGGAAUCAAAUGGAAUCAUUGAAUGGAAUCAAAUGGAAUCAUCAUCGAAUGGAAUUGAAUGGAAUCAUCGAAUGGACUCGAAUGGAAUCAUCAUCGUAUGAAAUCGAAUGGAAUCAUCGAAAGGAAUCGAAAGUAAUCAUCAUCAAAUGGCAUCAAAUGGAAUCAUCAUCGAAUGGAAUAGAAAAGAAUCAACAUCAAAUGGAGUCGAAAGGAAUCAUCAUUGAAUGGAAUCCAAAGGAAUCAUCAUUGAAUGGAACUGAAUGAAAUCAUCAUUGAAUGGAACGGAAAGGAAUCAUCAUCGAAUGGAAUCCCAUGGAAUCAUCAUCGAAUGGAAUCGAAUGGGAUCAUCAUCAAAUGGAAUCGAAUGGAAUCAUCGAAUGGAAUUGAAUGGAGUCAUUGAAUUGAAUGGAAUCAUCGAAUGGUCUCAAAUGGAAUCAUCUUCAACUGGAAUUGAAUGGAAUCAUUGCAUAGAAUUGAAUGGAGUUAUCGAAUGGACUCGAAUGGAAUCAACAUCAAACGGAAUCAAACGGAAUUAUCGAAUGGAAUCAAAGAAUCAUCGAGUGGACUCAAAUGGAAUCAUCGAAUGGAAUGGAGUGGAAUAAUUCAUGGACUUGAAUGCAAUCAUCUUCGAAUGGAAUCAAAUGGAAUCACCGAAUGGACUCGAAUGAAAUGAUCAUCGAAUGGAAUUGAAUGGAAUCCAUCAUCGGAUGGAAACGAAUGGAAUCAUCAUCAAAUGGAAUCGAAUGGAAUCAUCAAAUGAAAUCAGAUGGAAUCAUCAUCGAAUGGAAUCAAAUUAUGGAAUGAAAUCGAAUGUGAUUAUCAUCAAAUGGACUCGAAUGGAAUCAUCAUCCAAUGGAAACUAAUGGAAUCAACAUUGAAUAGAAUUGAAUGGAAACACUAUCGAAUUGAAACGACUGGAAUUAUCAUGAAAUUGAAAUGGAUGGACUCAUCAUCAAAUGGAUUCGAAUGGAAUCAUCAAAUGGAAUUGAUUGGAAUCAUCAUCAAAUGGAAUCGAAUGGAAUCAUUGAAUGGAAUCGAAUGGAAUCAUCAUCAGAUGGAAAUGAAUGGAAUCAUCAUAGAAUGGAAUCGAAUGGAUUCAUUGAAUGGAAUCAGAUGGAAUCAUUGAAUGGACUUGAAUAGAAUCAUCGAAUGGACUUGAAUGGAAUCAUUAAUGAAUGGAAUUGAAUGGAAUCAUCGAAUGGUCUCGAAUGGAAUCAUCAUUGAAUGGAAUCGAAUUUAAUCAUCGAAUGGAAUCAAAUGGAAUCAUCAUUGAAUGGAAUCGAAUAGAAUCGGCAUCAAAUAGAAUCGAAUGGAAUUUUUUUCAAAUGGAAUCGAAUGGAAACGUCAUCGAAUAGAAUCGAAUGGGAUCAUCGAAUGAAACGGAAUGAAAUCAUCAUCAAAACGAAUCAAAAUAAAACAGAAUGGAAUCCAAUGGAAUCAUUGAAUGGAAUCAAAUGGAAUCAUUGAAUGGACUCGAAUGGAGUCAUCAUCGAAUGGAAUCAAAUGGAAUCAUUGAAUGGACUAGAAUGGAAUCAUCAAAUGGAAUCUAAUGUAAUCAUCGAAUGAAAUCAAAUGGAAUCAUUGAAUGGAAUCAAAUGGAAUCAUCAUUGAAUGGAAUCGAAUGAAAUCAUGGAAUGCACUCGAAUGGAAACAUCGAAUGGACUCAAAUGGAAUCAACAUUGAGUGGAAUCAAAACAACAAAUGGCAUUGAAUGGAAUAAUCAAAUGGAAUCAUCAUCGAAUGGAAUAGAAUGGAAUCAUCGAAUGGACCCAAAAGGAAUUAUCAUCAAACAUAAUCAAAUGGAAUCAUCGAAUGGAAUCCAAUGGAAUCAUCAUUGAAUGGAAUCGAAUGGAAUCAUCAUCGAAUGGAAUCGAAUGGAAUCAUCAUCAAAUGGAAUCGAAUAGAAUCAUCAUCAAAUGGAAUCGAAUGGAAUCAUCAAUGAAUGGAAUCGAAUGGAGUCAUUGAAUGGAGUCCGUUAAAAUCAUCCUCGAAUGGAACCGAAUGCAGUCAUCAUCUAACGGAAUCAAAUGGAAUCAUUGAAUGGACUCAAUGGAAUCAUCAUCACAUGGAAUCGAAUGGAAUCAUCACAUGGAAUCGAAUGGAAUCAUCGAAUGGACUCAAAUGGAAUCAUCAUCGAAUGGAAUCCAAUGGAAUCAUCAAUUGGACAUGAAUGGAAUCACCAUUGAAUGGAAUUGAAUGGAAUCUUCGAAUGGAAUUGAAUGAAAUUAUUGAAUGGAAUCGAAUAGAAUCAUCAUUGAAUAGAAUCGAAUUAGAUCAUCAUCGAAUAGAAUCUAAUGAAAUCAUCAUCGAAUGGAAUCUAGUGGAGUCAUCAUCUAAUGGAAUUGAAUGGAUUCAGCAAGGAAUGGAAUCGAAUGGAGAAAUCGAAUGGAAUCCGUUGGACUCAUCAUCGAAUGGAAACGAAUGCAGUCAUCAUAGAAUGGAAUCGAAUGGAAUCAACGAAGGGACACGAAUUGUGUCAUCAUUGAAUGGAGUCUGAUGGAAUCAUCGAAUGGACUCGAAUGGAAUCAUCGAGUGGACUCGAAUGGAAACAUCGUGUGGAAUCGAAGGGAAUCUUCGAAUGGACUCUAAUGGAAUCAUCAUCGAAUGGAAUCGAAUGGAAUCAUUGAAUGGACUCUAAUGGAAUCAUCAUCGAAUGGAAUCAAAUGGAAUCAUCGAAUGGACUCAAAUGGAAUCAUUGAAUGGACUCGAAUGGAAUCAUCAUCGAAUGGAAUCGAGUGUAAUCCUCGAAUGGAAUCAAAUGGAAUCAUCAAAUGGAAUUGAACACAUUAGUAAGAAACUUACUUGAACCAAAAAAUAGAAAAACAAACAAACCAAAAUCCCCUAAAACUGUGAUGAGCAAAGUAGACAUCAGAACAGGAAAUAUCACUGGGGAUGAAGAAUAACAUUUCUUUUUCUCUUUUUUUUAUAGUAUAAGUUUUAGGGUACAUGUGCACAUUGUGCAGGUUAGUUACAUAUGUAUACAUGUGCCAUGCUGGUGUGCUGCACCCACUAACUUAUCAUCUAGCAUUAGGUAUAUCUCACAAUGCAAUCCCUCCCCCCUCCCCCCACCCCACCACAGUCCCCAGAGUGUGAUAUUCCCCUUCCUGUGUCCAUGUGAUCUCAUUGUUCAAUUCCCACCUAUGAGUGAGAAUAUGCGGUAUUUGGUUUUUUGUUCUUGCGAUAGUUUACCAAUUUCAUCCAUGUCCCUACAAAGGACAUGAACUCAUCAUUUUUUAUGGCUGCAUAGUAUUCCACGGUGUGUAUGUGCCACAUUUUCUUAAUCCAGUCUAUCAUUGUUGGACAUUUGGGGUGGUUCCAAGUCUUUGCUAUUGUGAAUAAUGCUGCAAUAAACAUACGUGUGCAUGUGUC